UCGGAAAGGAUACAGAUAUUGCUAUGGGUAGAAGCACAGUCUCAAAAAUAUUAUCCGAAAUGAUCAAUGCUUUGGAAAAUGUUCUGUGUCCUAAGUGGAUUAAGCUGAAAAUGUCUGAAGAGGAUUCUAGAAAAUCAAAACUUCAUUUUGUAGAAAAAUUCGGUAUUCCAGGAGUAAUAGGGUGUAUUGAUGGAACACAUGUGGCUCUGAUUAAACCUUUUGAGAACGAGCAUCUAUUUUUUAACCGAAAAGGAUUUUUUAGCAUAAACGCAAUGAUUAUUUGUGAUUUUGAUAUGAUAAUAAGAGCAGUAGAUGCAACUCGGCCUGGUGCAAGCCAUGACGCUUUCGUAUUUAGUAUGAGCAGUGCAAAACACUAUUACCUAUCGCAGUAUGAAGCUGGUGACCGAGGGUCUUGGCUACUGGGAGAUUCUGGUUUUGGUAUAGAGCCAUUUCUACUGACUCCAUAUAGAAACCCAGGCCCAAGAUCGGCAGAACACAGAUUUAACCAGCAGCAUGCAAAAGCACGUAACAUCGUUGAGCGUGUUAUAGGAGUAUUAAAAAGUCGGUUUCGUUGUUUGAAAACUACCCUGCCAUAUACGCCGCAAAAGGUAGUGAAGAUAAUAAAUGUUUGUUGCGCACUACAUAACAUAUGUAGGAGUAAUCAAAUAGAUGACAUUGAAACAGAAACCGUAUUAGAAAACAAUCCAAUUGAUGAGGAAAUUGCUGAAAAUGAGGAAAACAGUAGUUUAUAUAGUGUUGGCAGAAAUAUAAGAGACUCUAUUGCUAGAAAUUUAAUAUUAUGAAACAUAAAAUUUAUUCAUAUUAAAAGUAAA